CCUCCUUUUCCUGCAAAACUCUAAUUCAGCUAUCCCUUUUUUUCAAGAAUUUCUGUAUCAACAAUUUGUGAUUUUUCCCUGUAAUUAUUGCAAUUUUUUGCAAAAUUUAGUGCCACCAUUGAGUUCCUCUGCAUUCUCUGCAAUGGUGGAGGAGUAAGCCACAAAGCUCUAGGUAUGUCACACAGAGCAAACCCAGCUGUAGGAAUUGCUAUUUUUGGGCUUGUGAUCUUGUAGCACUGAAAUUAGGGUUUUAGGUUUCUGGGGGUUUAUCAAAUAUUUUUCUUUUUUUCUUUUCGAGGCGUUUGCAAAUUGUUUUCACAUUUCUGGGUUUUGAGUUAGCUAAGUUUGAAUCUUAAAUGGGUAGGGCUCAGUGUGUUUAGGGUUUUAAGCUUUUGGGUGGUUCUGGGUUUUUGUUUCUGUGAAUUAUUAUUGUUAUAACCAUGGAGGAAAAAGAGAGCUCUGCUUCUGGGGUUGCAGUGAAAGUUGAUGGGGCCCCAGAGAGCUUCCGGAUAGGUUCAAGCACCGAAAGCCCGACCCAAGUAAGCGGGGGGCCCACAAUGGCGGCUACGGCUACGGAUACGGCUGCGCCGCCUGUGAAUGUGGCGGUGGUACCGGUUGCAGGAAUGAAGAAGAAGAGGGGUAGGCCUAGGAAGUACGUUCCCGACGGGACCGUCACCACGGCACUGUCACCGAUGCCGAUUUCUUCUUCGAUACCACUUACCGGAGACUUCUCGGCUUGGAAACGGGGUAGAGGGCGGCCCAUUGAGUCAAUCAAGAAGCCACAUAAGUAUGAGUAUGAAAGCCCAGGUGAGAGAAUUGCGUACUCGGUUGGUGCAAAUUUUACACCCCAUGUGAUCACUGUUAAUGCUGGUGAGGAUGUUACAAUGAAGGUUAUGUCCUUCUCUCAACAAGGAUCCCGUGCUAUAUGCAUUCUUUCUGCAAAUGGUACAAUUUCAAAUGUUUCGCUUCGUCAACCUACUUCUUUCGGGGGUACUUUAACUUAUGAGGGUCGUUUUGAGAUACUUUCCUUGUCUGGAUCCUUUAUGCCUACUGAGAAUGGAGGAACAAAAAGCAGAACCGGUGGGAUGAGUGUCUCUUUGGCUGGGCCAGAUGGUCGAGUGGUAGGGGGAGGACUUGCUGGUCUAUUAGUAGCUGCUGGACCUGUGCAGCUUGUCGUGGGCAGUUUUCUACCAGGGCACCAGCAAGAACAGAAGCCCAAGAAGCACAGAAUUGAGCCUGCAUUCACCAUGACCUUUACCUCUGCCAAUGCUCUCUCCAGUGAAGAAACAAAAGGAGUCUAUGGCGGAGAAAAGCCCGCUCUCACGUCUUCUACCGCCUUUCAUGGAGGCAACUCAGCUUCUCUCAACCCAAUUCAUGGCUUUGGGAAAUUGGCUGCUGAAAUUAAAACUUCCAUGCCUGAAGAGGAAUCUAAAGGCCUCAACCAAUCGAACUGCGAGGUCUCUUGUUGAUCAUGUUCACUUCUUUUAUGCUGCUUGUGUCUUGAUUGUUUUUUUUUUUUUUUUUUGUUUUUCAUGGACCCUAGGGCAUUUAGGCUCACUCAAAUUUGUCUAACACCAAUAUAACUUGUUGGCUAUUUGUAAGGACAAACUAGGAUUCGAUGUCAUGUUGGUUUUUAACCCCCCAGAAUUGUUUCUCUUUUUUCUUAUUAGGGUUUUAGGUAGGACUUCUAAUGAUUAGGCUUAUUCUGUGGCUGUUCCUCAUCAUGUAUUUUCUAGUGUACUCAUUGGUGUAGCAUUUUAGAUGUAUGAAACUUGCUGUCAUUCUAUUCUUCUGAUUUAGAUCUUUGUAUCUGAAUGAUUGAAUUUUAAUUUGACAUUGUUUUGGUGUUCGGUGAUCA